AUGGAAUACCUCCCAAGUCUACAGCAGGAGUUUGAUGAGCUCAAGCCGUCUCUCUUUGAACUCCUCGCCGAACAACAGCUCUCCUCCCUCCUCCCUCCCUCCAUUCGAUACAUCCUCGCGGUCGCUACUCACCGUCAUCCUCGGUACUUGUUGCGAAUCCUGAACUCCUACGAUGAAAUAUACGCCCUCUUGUCUUUCGUGGUCGAACGCUACUAUCUGCGCACUUUUGGUGGCUCCUUCACCGAGAACUUCUAUUCCCUGAAGCGGGAACGUGUGCUCCUGACCAAGAAUGGUGAGAUCCCUCGAGCCCAACUCGGUGCCUCUGGUCACGUUCGGGAAUCCCUUAAGCUACGCUCCUCCGACGUCUGGAAGAACCUCAUUGUUAUGGUCGGCAUUCCCUAUUUGAAAUGCAAGCUCGAUGAAGGUUACGAGGUGCACGCCGCUCCGCAGGCCUCGUUGAUCAUGAGCGGUGGUCCCCGCUACAAUCCUAGCGAGGACCUCCCUCCCAACCCAACCAUCCGCCAGCGACUCCUGCGCUUCUACAAGUGGUUCCUUCGGAACGUCUACCCGUCCUUCAACGCCGCCUACUACUUCUCCAUCCUGGCCUUCAACCUGGCCUACCUAUUCGACAACACCAAGUACUCCUCGCCGUUCCUCUGGCUCAUCGGCACCCGCAUCCGUCGUCUCGGCGCCGCCGACCACCAAGCCAUUGCGGCAGUGCUGGAUCCCAAGCCAGCCACAGGCCCCGGCGCAGGCGCUCGAUCCCGCCCGGGUUCUGGCCUCCUGGGCAUGUUCAGCCCACAGAACCUCUACCCUCAACUCCUCACCUCCCUGCGCUACUUCCUCCCUGCGUCCAUCUUCGCCCUGAAAUUCCUCGAAUGGUGGCACGCCAGCGACUUCUCGCGACAGCUUACCCGCAAAGCCACCGACGUCCUGGACCUACCCGCCCCCGUCGCAAACGGGAUGAUCUCCCCGUCGGAGAAGCGGCAAGCCCUCGAAGAAAAGAAGAAAAGGAAGGAGGCCCAAAAACAAGAAUCGAACCCCUCUUCGCCGAAAUCCGCCUUCAAAUCCCCGCGCCGCCGUAUCCAGCCGCCCAUCUCCGCCACCUCGUAUCUUCCUAUUUUCACCGUGCCCCUUCCUCCUGCGGACUCCGACGUCGCCUCGACGUGUCCGGUGUGCUUGAAUUCGCUGACUAGCCCGACGGCGUGCCAGACGGGAUACGUAUUCUGCUACGUCUGUGUCUUCCAUUGGUUGAACGGCGAGCAUCAGAGACAGAUUGAUUUCAUGAAUGGCGAGGGUGCUGGGGCUGCAUGGGAAGAAGGCGGUGAGGACGCCGAGGGAACCUCCGAGGGGAAGCCCGGCCAAAGUCGCCAGGGGAAAUGGGAGAGUGGCAAGGGGAGAUGUCCGGUGACAGGUCGGAGGGUGUUGGGUGGAACGGAGGGGCUAAGACGUGUGUUGAUUUAG